GCGUCCCCUCCUCGUCCCUGCCCACGCCAACAAAGGGAUCGUGCCUGCGGCACCCCAGGGACCGUGCACCCCAACGCCUCGCUCCGCUCCUAUGUCACAGCUUGGAGUGACAUCAUGAAGAAGUCCUCGUAUUCAGGAAUCAGCCGGACCUCCAGCGGGAGACUUCGGAGACUCAGCGACCAGAUGAGUCCAACUCUCAAAAGAUCUUUUGAGGUCGAGGAGGUAGAUCAGUCUUCAAAUUCCUCCACCCCACAAAGACGGACCCCAAACCCCCUCCUCAGGUCCACUGUUUCCAGCUCCACACAGAAGUUUCAGGAACUUGGCGCCAGGAAUUCGGAGCCAUCCGCCCGACAUGUGGACCCCACAGGCCAAAGAUCACCCAAGCCCUCUCUGAGGAGAGUGGAGCUCGCUGGACCCAAACUGCCCGAGCCCGUGUCCAGAAGAACAGAAAUCUCCAUUGACAUCUCAUCCAAGCAGGUGGAGAACUCCACCUCAGGGUUGUCGAGGUUUGGCCUCAAAAGAGCAGAUGUGCUGGGGCACAAACCCCCUGAGCCCACCCCAAGGAGGACUGAGAUCACCCUCGGCAAGCCCCAGGAGCCGGGUCUCCGGAGGGUGGAGGCGCCGGCAUCAAAGAUCCCCGAAAUGCCCCAGCGAAGAGCCGAGACGGCCAACGCUCCUGUGCCUGACACGGCCACCAAGCGCGUGGAAAUUCAGGUAGCCAAGGCUGCCGAGGUCCCGGCCCCACCGGCGCGGCAGGUGGAGAGCUCGGAGCCUCCCCUGGUCACCCAGCCUCCCGUGGCAGAGCCGAAGCCGCAGCCCGUGCUGAUGGAGAGCCCACCAAAGAGAGAAGAAGGUCCAGAGGCAGUUCCCAGCCACGCACCCGGCAUGACGGACGCUCCACGGGAUGCCGGCCCCAAGCAGACGGUGCCGACGCGGCCGGAGAAGCCGGCUGCGGACUUCGGCUAUGUGGGGAUAGACGCCAUCCUGGAGCAGAUGAGACGGAAGGCCAUGAAGCAGGGGUUUGAGUUCAACAUCAUGGUCGUGGGUCAGAGCGGCUUGGGGAAAUCCACGUUAAUCAACACCCUCUUCAAAUCCAAAAUCAGCCGGAAAUCUGUACAGCCGACUUCUGAAGAGCGGAUCCCCAAGACCAUUGAAAUCAAAUCCAUCACUCAUGAGAUAGAAGAGAAAGGGGUUCGCAUGAAGCUGACAGUCAUCGACACCCCGGGCUUCGGAGACCACAUCAACAACGAGAACUGCUGGCAGCCCAUCAUGAAGUUCAUCAAUGACCAGUACGAGAAGUACCUGCAGGAGGAGAUCAACAUUAACCGGAAGAAGCGGAUCCCCGACACACGGGUGCACUGCUGUAUAUACUUCAUCCCAGCCACCGGCCACUCGCUCCGACCGCUAGACAUCGAGUUCAUGAAACGCCUGAGCAAAGUGGUCAACAUCGUCCCCGUGAUUGCAAAAGCCGACACGUUAACGCUGGAGGAGAGGGACUACUUCAAACAAAGGAUAAUGGCUGAUCUUCUCGCCAAUGGGAUCGACGUGUAUCCUCAGAAGGAGUUUGAUGAAGACUCUGAAGAUCGGCUAGUGAAUGAGAAAUUCAGGGAAAUGAUCCCGUUUGCAGUGGUGGGCAGUGACCAGGAAUACCAGGUUAAUGGAAGAAGAAUCCUUGGAAGGAAGACCAAGUGGGGCACCAUUGAAGUGGAGAACACGACACACUGUGAGUUCGCCUAUCUGCGGGACCUCCUCAUCAGGACACACAUGCAGAACAUCAAGGAUAUUACCAGCAACAUCCACUUCGAAGCCUACAGGGUCAAGAGGCUGAACGAGGGCCAGAGCUCGCUCUCCAAUGGCGUGACCGACAAAGAGCUCGUGGCCAACGAAAUGUAACCGUCUCGCUCCAUAGCCAGGACCUUGCUCACUCACGCUCGCUAUUUCUCCCCUCUUCCCCCUUUAUUUUUAUAUAAAUCCUCUGCCACUGUUCCUCUUCCCUGCCCCCCCAAACCCCCUGCCAAUGUUAACUGACCAAAUAACCAGACGCCGCCUCUGUCGUGCGGAGUGGGGCGACCGCCCCCCCCCCCCCCUCCCCUGCUUUGUGGCAUGAGUUUUGUUCUCAGCCCCUGGUCCAGCAUCCCUGGGCCGGGGACCAUCCCCCCCCCGCGGGGGUCGGGCUCUCACUGGCCCAACAGCCGAGCUGGGGGGGCAGAGCCGUGGGGCUGGCAGGGUUGGGGUGCCCCCGGGAGCCCUCCCUGCCCCUCCGUGCAGAGGCUCUUCUCCGUCCGUUGGAGGCAGGGGUUUCUCCAGGCGAAUGUAGCCUUCGGAAGCAAGGUACGGUGGUGUGAAGAGAGCAAGACUGUGCCAUUGUUGUCUCCUGCCGCCUCCUCAGAGCCCUCCGCAGCCCUCCGGGACCCACCAGCCCCCAACCCAACCCCCCUACCCUACCUACAUGCAAUAAACUGGGAGUGUUUAGGUGUCACCUCGCUUGUCACCGACCCCCGGCCAGGCAGAGCGACCUGCUUUGGGAGAAGUGCCUUUUCAGACUGUUACCUUGCAAUAGCGUGGGAGAGGAGAGGGAGGGCUUGCCUUGUCUGUCUUUGCAGCCUGCAAAAGGCCUGCAACGCUUUGUAGAGACUCCUUUUCCCUCUCCCUUGGAUCAUAGAUAUGGCCAGUGUCCUGGGAACACUUGUGUAUUUAUUUUUCGUUCAGUUGGGUGGUUUAUUUUCUGCUGAAGGCUGGGAGUAUGUUUGGCCAAAGGGGGCUGGGAGUGGAACACCUCUGCAAAGUGGUGGUGGGAGGUGGAGGGUUGUCCUGUCUGACCCUUGUGAUUCUGGGGAUUUUCCCUAUGUCAGAGGAGGCUGUUGGGUAUUUUUUAGGGUUUUUUUUUUAUUUUUUGGAUCCCCUGUGUGACAUGUACAGGUAACAUGCUCCUCUGUUUUGGUAGCCCUUGUGCCAGGGGACUCUGCAUGGGCGGACCGAGCCCUGCAGCCAUGGGGAGGGCUGGGGCAGCAUUUGUGGGUGCUGUGCCCCAUGCCCCCCCGUGCUUUGCCCCUUCAUGCCUCCUCUUUCAGUGAGUCUCCAGUAAAUAAGACCCUGCAAGGGGGUCGGUUGAGUAACGCUGUGACACAGGAGAGGGUGGUCCUGGAGCAGAGUGCUGCAGUCCUGCCCCCAGCCCUGGCUCUGCUUCCUUUCUGUUGCCUGCUCCAUCAGUCUGUUUCUUCUCUAAGGAAUAAAACUUCCUGCAAAUCACGCCCCCGCCCCCCCCCCCCCUUUUUUUUUUUUUGGGUGGGGUGAGGGUGGACAGCGUACUAAAAUGGCAGCAUGUCCCAUCCUCUAGCACUGGAAGGUGCCUGUGGAGCCCACCCAAGGGUCUCCAUGGGUGGCAGCCACCUUCUUUAGCACAGGUGACCAGGAGGAGGGAGGGAGUUGCUGUCACCUUGGUGGGGAUGCCCAGAUGAGGUUGCUCAGCGAAGGGUUUGCAGGGGCUCCCCACACAUGUCUGCCCCCCUCCCCCGGCAUCCAAAGGGGUGCCUGCAGGGGAUGCGUCGCAAGGAGAGUCCGCUCUCCUUAACUCAUGUUCCCCCCUGCAACAGCACAAGGGAGCUGUGGGGAAGAACAACUACCUACUUGCUGACUUGCUAUGUUUUAGCAAAAACAAAACCAAAAAGAGGUGUGUUAACUGGGAAAUAUACUGAGAAAUAUAUAUUUCAAGCGCUAAAAGAGACUAUGAAAGGGGGGAGAAAAUCUCGUGUGAGGCACUUCUGCAAAUGUCAUCGUAAACUUUCUUUUUUCCCUCUAGUUGACAUCUCAAGCUGGGCCAAGCAAGACAUGCCGCUUUCUCCUUUGUAACCUGACUUUUUUUGGGGGGGAAAGAAAAAGAAAAUAAUACAAUAAAAAAAGCCUUCAUCCAGAUCCAUUAAAAUGGCCUUUUGGGGGUUAUAAGCAUUAUGACAAAUUUAGUCCAUUUUUGUAUAAAUAAUAGUGUUUAAUAUGUAUUUCCCAAAAUAAAUGUUUCGAAUGCAAAUAGAA